CGCCGGAUUCGGAAAGGACGGUUCGUUCCGUAGACAGUGACAGUGUGGAUUGGAACAUAGUGACACAUUUUGCGCCGCACAGCGUGGUGGGCAAUGAACGAAACUUAAUUCGAUUAGGCUUGAAUUACCAUUACGGUUGGCUUGACGAGUUUUUUGGGGGGUUCAUCGGGUUAAAGGUGAUCACCGAGUGGAAAGACUCAAUUUGUUUGCCAGUGAAUUCCAGCCCGGCAAGGAGCGUAAAUUUGUCGGAAUACGUAGAAGAUGAAGUGGCUACUGUUGCUGGUGCUGCACGCGGUCAGCGGAAGCCGGUUGACGCAUCAUGAUUCAUCCAGCGAGAACCGUGCCUCUUCGGCGGCACAAUUCUGUACCGAUUUGAAUCCGCAAAACGGGUUGGACAUCGAACAAAUAAUGGGGCUUUGGUACGGAAGUGAAGUAAUUACUCAUCUGGGAAGCGAGGAUGGAGAAUCGAUCUACGACACGUGCGUGGUGAUUCAUCUUUCAGAUAUUACCAAUUCGACCCCGACCAGUGAGCGUCCAUACAGAGAUCAAGGACCGGAUGUACGGUUUGGUACAUCCUACGGUUAUCCAGGUGAUCGAAGUCACUAUGGAAGUACGGAGGAAUAUGGCAAUCGUCGUUAUCAGAACCGUGAAGGGCAACAGCAGCACCAUUAUUGGCAGCAGCAACAACAACAGCAACAACAUCAGUAUUCUAGCACUCGAUAUAUGCGACUGAUUUGGGAUGAAAAGGAUCACACGUUGGAGUACACGUUGCGUUACAAUAACAGUCGGCCAGGAUUCUGGAUCUCGUCCGCUCCGCAGGCCGGAUCGAUGGUUCAACUGUCGUAUAUGCAAUUCACCGGAACGGUUCAGGUUCUGAAAGCCAUCAAUAAUCAACUGGUGUUGACGUUCUGUCAAAGUUUACCCGGAGGACAGCUGUUCUCAGUUGUGCUUUCGCGGCAACAUAUGGGUUUGUCUCCAGAGGAAAACUAUAGCAUACGAAACUUAUUAAAAAGACGUAACCUGUCGACGUUGUCGGUGAGAAAAGUCUGCUACAAUGGAGCCACCGUUCAAUCUUUGCUGGGAGUUCUGGCCCUUCUGUUAGUAUCAGCGCUGGCACUCAUCGUUUCUAAAUAAAACCAAAAUGUGUAGAUUAUACCAAAGAAUGUUUAUCGUGCGAAGAUUUCUCAUGUUUCUUAUUCCAUCCAGCUCUAAAUUACAUGUUAUUUAUUUAACUCCAGGAGUGCUGCUAUCGUUAUAAUUUAUAUCGCUUUGAUUCAAAGUGCUGUAGUAACAUCUACAUCACUAAUAUAUAACAUAAAACGUCGAAAAUGUUGGUGACUCGCUAGAGGUUAAGAAGAAUUAACCUUCACAUAUAACGUUAAAGUUAUUGUACGGUUCAUGUGUCAUAUGAAACUGAAAAAGUCAUUAGUUAGGCUUAGGAUCGUUUGAACGUUUGUAUAUCUCUAUUGCUACGAAAACGACUUCAAUAA